AUGGCGGCGACGGGCGGCGGGACCUUCGCGGCGACGCGGCCCACGACGCUGAAGCGGUCCGCGGGCCGGCCCGCGACGACGGCGACGCUGCGGCGGCCCCUCGCCGCGGCGGCCCUGCAGCGGCCGUCGACGUCCUGGCAGACGCGCGUCGCCCAGCGCGAGGCGCACCUCGCGGCGUCGACGCCGCGCUGGGCGAACCGCGACCGCGCGGCGGAGGAGCCCGCGCGGCGGCCCCUCGCGGACCGCGGGAACCGCGAGCCGCGCGGGCCGCGCGCGUACCCGGCGAAGAGGGCGCCGCCGCCGCCGCCGGACUUCCCCGACGGCUGGAGCCGCCGGGGCCGCGGGACGCUGGAGCGCGUGCGCGGCGGCGAGUACGUUUUCGAGGGCCGGAGCGCCGAGUCGCCGUGCCUCGCGCGCGCGCCGCCGCCGCGAACGCCCCGGGGCGAGGCCUACGAGGUCUCGGCCAAGUUCAAGCCCGCGCGCCACGUCGGCGACCACCUCCACGUCUGCCAGUCCUUCUUCCUCGCCUUCGAGAUCGUCGGCGACGCGUGGCUCGCCGCGGGCGUCUCGCGGGGCAACGUCGUCGUCGACAGCUUCCCGGGCGGCCGGCGGCUCGCCGAGGCGCGCGCGCCGGCGGCGUCGCGGCCCUGGCGCGAGGUCGCCGUCGCCGUGCGCGGCCGCGACGUCGCCGUGGCGCUCGACGGCGUCGAGCUGUUGCGGGUCUCGACGGACCGUCCGCGCGACGCGGCCGCGGGCCACGGCGUCAUGGUCUACAAGGCGCGGUGCUUCGUCAAGGACGUCGACCGCGAGCGGCGGGCCGUGGCCGCGCGGCCGCCGCCGGCGCGCGCGCGCGACCGGUUCCCGCGGUUCCGCGGCCGCGGCGACGUCGUCGUGCGCGCGGCGAACCGCACGGACGUCGGCCGCUUCUGCCGCGCGUGCGCCGGAGGCCUGGCCCUCGGCGGCGACGUCUGCGUCUGGCGCCGGGGCCUUGCGGUUCAUCGUUACCACGUCGCCUGCGCCGAGGCGGAAGGGGACGAGGCGGAGCCCGCGCCGACGUCGACGGACGACGCGCGGCCCUGGCGGGGCACCGCCGUCGCGGAGCCCGACGACCCCUCGAAGCUGUCGCCGCCGGUGCCGGCGCCGCGCCUCGCCGCGCUCGAGCGGUCGAUCUGCGCGCCGGGCACCUUCGACGGAGCGGACGACUGCGACAUCUGCCUCGCGCCGCUCGCGUCGAAGCCCGUCGUCCGCGUGCCCUGCCAGGGCGGCCACGUCUUCCACCUCGGCUGCCUCCGGCCCUGGCUCGCCAAGUGCUCGCUCUGCCCGAGGUGCCGGGGCGGUCUGAAAUUCCCGAAAACAGCGGGGGGCCCGGACGCGGCGGCGAAGCAGCACGCCGCCGUCGACGCGGCCGUGUUUCUGGGCGCGGGAGCGCGGGCCGACGAGCGCGCGCGCAUCGCGCGGCGGCACGCGGACGCGGCGGAGCGCCGCAUCGCCGAGGCCGCGGCCGCCGCGGCGACCGAGGCCGCGGCCGCCCGGCGGAAGGACGACGACGGCGACGCGCCGGGGGACGAGCUCCGGCCGCCGUCGCCGCCGGGCGUCGUCGCCGGCAUGAUGACGUGCGUCGGGGGGCUGCCGGCGUGCUAA